AUAUCAUUCGUCCCCAAGAUUCGUGAAGACAAAGUGUCAUGGACCACCACAGAGAGGAGCGCGCGGAUUUACUCACACCUUCCUGGUCCAGCGAGGAUCAGUCAUUUUCCACUCCAGCAAAGUCGGAAACAGAUCUUUCAUCCUCGUCUGCCACCCUCGCCGAGUCACCACCGACAGCUCAACGGAUACAACUAAGAGGCACACCAGCCGUCAUAGCCGUGCUACUCCUCGGUGCCGCACUUACUGCUGGGAUGCACCAUGUUUACCUAUUUAUCCUACAAGGACGCACCGUGUCAAGCCAAUUCUGGAUAAAGAAUUCAUCCAACGCUCUGAGUACAUUGGUCCAGUGGCUUUGCAUAGCAUCAGUUUCGGUAUCACUUACGCAGCUCAUCUGGUGGCUUAUCCGUCGCAGACCAUUCACUAUCCUUCAAUUAAAUCAUUUAUUUGGUUUACCCAGCCCUUUUCCAAUUCUCCGCCUUGCAUCAUCCAAACGACUCAGGAAUGUGAUUCCUGUCAUCUUCAUGGCAACAAUUGUGCAAUUACUUGCGCUCGUAUCCAUCCUCGCUCCCAACUCUCUCGAAGUUGGCUCAGCUUCUCCCAAAAACACCACCAUCUCUGUUCCCACAAUUUCCUUCAGUAAAUCCGACAAUAUUUCCGAAGUUCGAUGUGACUUCACCCCUUCUACAGCAUGGCAAAGGAUCCUGAUUCAAGCAUUGUCGUCCGAUACACUUGUUGGCUGGAAUGCACCUAUAGGAUGUGGGAGAGAGUGCCAUUACACGAUCCAAUACCCUGCACCUGCUCUGAGAUGUACAGAGCUCAGUCCGGGUGAAGUCAGCACAAUGCUUCCCGAGAUUCCUGGGGAUAUUGAGUCUUGGACCGUGUAUAAUGCUACGUACGAUCUUAUGGACACUACCACCGGCUCGAAUAUGUCCAUGGCGUGGCGUACGUAUGAUGCUGACGGGAAAUCAACAUUUGCUGGAGCUCACUGCACACUCUACAACUCCACCCAGCAAUCUGCCGUAUCAUUCGUAAAUAACACUGGAACGGUUUCCCCCAGUAUCAUAUCCUACGGCAGCCUUACAAAGUACUCCGACGAGUCGAUCGUGUCGCCUCACGUUUGUGGUUUCGGCCAAGAUAGCAAUGUCCCCCCUCAGGCUGAGAUUGCGUCCCUCCUCCGUUACACAGCCAUUGUGUAUUGGUUAUAUAUCCAGCUUCAAGGAACAAUUACACUCUCCUUUCUUCCCACAUCGGAGAAACCGCUGGAACAUUGGUUCCCUGUUACCGAUAUGAUGUCCACUAACUUAUUUUCGCUUGACGAAACAGCCAGAACGUUCACUCCAAACGCUGAGAAUGUCAUCAGCGCACUGGAGCAGAUCCUAGUCAAUGCCACGGUCGCACUGAUAAGUUCCACGGGUGAUACAACCGUGACUAACGCAUCGGUAACCGAGGAUCAGCUAAUAUGGGUUUACCAUAGCCAGAGACUGUGGAUCAUCUACGCUGCUACCUUGAUCUCAACGGCAGCAUGUGGUGCCGUCGGGUUGGCUUGCACGUUGAAGGAUGGAGACGAUAGUAACACCACUUUCUGGGAUAUUGUCCGGGCGACCAGAAACUCGGAACUAGAUGCUUUGGUGGAAGAAGAGAAUGACGGGAAUGCGGGAAAGGAUACCAUGUUACAGUACGCUAUGAAGGGAAGGGCCUCGGAUACGAAUAACUCAGGUGUCUUUGUACUUUCCAGAUCUCGUCGGGAGGGAUCGAGCUGGAUGGAUAUGAGAUCAUAAGAAGUCUGUAGAUGUAUCGGCUCAAUGAAUCUUUGACAUGUAUUUUCUCAGUGUUUCACCGAAGACCAAGG